AAAAAAUAAAAAAAAUAAAAAUUGGUAUAGUGCUCCCACUGGACAGCGGCGAAUAUUGAAAAUUGAAAAAUAUGAAUCAUAAUAAUAGUAAUACACAUUAUAUUACACGACGACCCAGCCUUUCCUCCUUCGCUUUUCUUCUCAUUUAGAUUCUUUCUUUCUCUCCUUUUUCUUGCUCAAAUCAGAAAGGGGUCUUUUUUUCUGUACCCUUUUCAUGAUUUUUUUUUCCAAUUCUUAGGUCGUCGCUGCUCAGACCAUUUUUGUGGGUCUUCUUUGAUCGAUGAGGGGGUGUUGAAGUUUUGGAGAAUUCUUCAAGUUUGGGCAUUUGAUGAGUCCAUUGAAUAUGCAGAAACAAGAUUUGCUGAAGUGGGCCUAAAUUAGAGGCGCAGUUGUAUAUCUUGGUAGAUCUGAUAAUUUCCUCAUCAAGGACACCCGUACAAGAAAAAGAAGACGUACAGAGCUGAAGUUAAUUUAGCAGGUGAUACUUUGCAAUGAAGCCUUUCGAAAAUAAUGGUACUGACUUGGAAAGUGGUAUGGAGAAAGAAAGAAACAGAUCUACACGUAGUAGUACUAAGGGAGUCAAAUUACAGAAUCCGGCAUUAUUGUCUGGCCUGGCCUAUUGCAUCUCUUCUUGUAGCAUGAUACUGGUUAACAAGUUUGUGCUAUCUGGCUAUGAUUUUAAUGCUGGGAUAUCUUUGAUGUUGUACCAGAAUCUUAUUUCAGUAAUUAUAGUGUCUGUAUUGAAUUUUCUGGGUGUCAUAUCAACAGAACCUCUGACAUGGAGAUUGAUUAAGGUCUGGUUGCCAGUGAACGUUAUAUUUGUUGGGAUGCUUGUUACAAGCAUGUUUAGCUUGAAGUACAUUAAUGUUGCCAUGGUCACAGUCCUAAAGAAUGUAACCAAUGUGAUAACUGCUGUUGGGGAAAUGUAUUUAUUUAACAAGCAUCACGAGAGCAGAGUGUGGACUGCUUUGUUCUUGAUGAUCAUAUCAGCAAUUUCUGGAGGAGUUACCGAUUUAACGUUUCAUGCUGUUGGCUAUGCAUGGCAGAUUGCUAACUGCUUUUUAACUGCAUCAUAUUCUCUGACUCUACGUAGGGUGAUGGACACAGCAAAACAAUACACCAAAUCUGGGAACUUGAAUGAAUUUUCUAUGGUUAUGCUAAAUAACACACUUUCUUUGCCUUUGGGGAUUCUCCUUAUAUUCAUUUUCAAUGAGGUGGAUUAUCUUUUAAAAACACCACUUUUGAGGGUACCAACUUUCUGGUUGGUAAUGACACUCAGUGGAUUUCUGGGUCUGGCAAUCAGUUUCACUUCUAUGUGGUUUCUUCAUCAAACGGGUGCUACCACGUACAGCCUUGUUGGGUCACUAAAUAAGAUACCCCUGUCUGUGGCUGGUAUCCUACUUUUUAAAGUCCCAACCAGUUUAGAGAAUUCUGCCAGCAUUUUCUUUGGGCUUUUGGCUGGAGUAUUUUUCGCUAGAGCCAAAAUGCAGGAGCGAUCAUAGUACAAAGAAGUUUGCAAACCGCUGGGGGUAGCUUUUUGCUUGAAAUCCACAUUUGGCAUGAUCAGUGCAGUCCUUUUAACUUAUCUUUAUCGUCUUGUCAACUAAGGAAAUCAGUUAUUUUGUGACGGUGUCUAACAAGUGGAGUAAAAAGAAAGAAAGAAAACCUUCCCAUUUGCAUUGUUGCUCUUCACCAUGGUGAGAUACGGUGCAAGAAAUUGAAGUUGUGUGUAGCUGCAUAGGGAGAGGAGAUUUGUUGUAGUCUAUGUUUGGAAAAACUUGCCAUUUUUCUCCACAUUCCCCUAAUCUGUAGUUUAUGUUGUAUCUUUUGUUCUCUAUGUAGUACUGGGAAGGAUGACAAUGAGUAAGAGCUGAGCAAUAUAUGAUGUGAGGUUUUUCAAAA